GUGAGUUUCAGUCACACCGGGCACAGUGAGGAGGAGAAACCCGCGGCUGGUUCCAGUCGAUACAACAGGGACAGCAACCAAAGUCGGGACACUUUGAGUUGUGUUUUCGCUCAGAGGAACCGGGACACGGUGAACCGGCACACGGGGACCAGUAGGACCGGCAAAGGUGACCAGUUGGACCGGCACACGGUGACCAGUUGGAACGGCACACGGUGACCAGUAGGACCGGCACAGGUGACCAGUUGGACCGGCACACGGUGACCAGUAGGACCGGCACAGGUGACCAGUUGGAACGGCACACGGUGACCAGUAGGACCGCCACAGGUGAACAGAAGGACCGGCACAGGUGAACAGAAGGACCGGCACAGGUGAAUAGAAGGACCGCAACAGGUGACCACUAGGACCACCCCAGGUGACCUGAAGGACCCCCACAGGGGACCAAAAGGACCGGCACAGGGGACCUGAAGGACCCCCUCAGGGGACCAGAAGGACCGGCACAGGUGAACAGAAGGACCCCCACAGGUGACCAGAAGGACCGGCACAGGGGACCAGAAGGACCGGCACAGGGGACCAGAAGGACCGGCACAGGGGACCAGCCCCGCACAUUUCCCUCUGCUAGCAUAAAAAGCGGCGAAUCCUUUGAAGUGAAAGCCGCCUUUGUAGUUGAAAAGCAGGCGCGUUAAUGUAGUUCCCUACCAGAGAAUUAUAUUUUUUUAAAGCGUUUAAUUGAAAUCCAGAUGCAGUCCUGAUAUUGUUUCGCGAGGUGGACAUUUAUUUUCAGUCCCAGGAUUCGUGCCAGGAUGGACAGCAGCACUCCUUAGGACCCCGGACGAGAUGGGGAAAUGGGAGCUGACUAUGAACCCGGUGCAGGAGUGGGGCGAGGAGUUUGAGGACGGGGCUGUUUAUGGGGUCACGUUGCGGCGGGAGCCCGUCCCCUGCCCCCCCGACCCCGGCGAGGACAGCCCGUGCUGCGCCUUCGUGCAGUACCGGACCUGCAAGGUGCGGCGCCUGAAGGCGGCGUCCCUGGACCUCCUGGUGAAGCAGCUGCUGGACCCCGGCUGCCAGGAGCAGGACUACGCCAGGAUCUUCCUCUCCACGUACAGAACCUUCACCGGCACCGCGGAGCUCAUAGAGCGGCUCUUCCACCGAGAGAAUGAGGCCUCAUAUCUGGACAACAGUGAAUGCUACAGUAGCCCCGUGUUGACCCUCGUCCAGACGUGGAUGGACGAGUACAGCGAGGACUUCAGGGACCCCCCUCUGCACCCGGCUCUCCGGCUGCUGCUGGACCACCUGCGGAUCAGCGCCGCGGUGUACGGAGACAUGCGCACGCAGCCCAACUUCAGCUCUCUGGCCGGGCAGGCCGCGGCGCUGCUCCACACGCUGCAGAACCAAGAAACCGAGACCAAUGCCGGUCCAGCCCAGGAAGACCUGGACCAGGAGGAGGAGGCUUCUGGGGAUGAGGACUCAGGAUGUGAGAACGUUCUGGACCACGGAGGCAUCAGGAGCUUCUCCGCGGCGGCCGUCGCUGAGCAGCUCACCCGAACCGACUCCGCUCUGUUUGCCAGAGUCGUGCCGUACCAGUGUCUGGGCUGCGUGUGGUCGCAAAGAGACAAGAAAGAAAACAUGUCCCCCACCAUCCGAGCCACCGUGGCGCAGUUCAACGCCGUUACCAACCAGGUCAUCGUGUCGCUGCUCUGCCCGCCGACGGACGCCAGCUCCAGCCCCACGCCCCCCGGCCGGCCCCCCUCCACGCCCCCCGGCUCCACGCCCCCCAGCCGGCCCGGCUCCACGCCGGCUCAGCGGGCCCGCGUCAUAGAGAAGUGGGUCAGGGUGGCACAGGGUUGUCGGCGGUUGAAGAACUUCUCGUCUCUCCGGGCGAUCCUGUCGGCCCUGCAGUCUAAUGCCGUUUACAGGCUGAGAAAGACCUGGGCUGCUGUCAGCAGGCAGAGUAUGGCCACGUUUGAUAACCUCUGGGAAACUUUCCCCGAUGAGAACUGUGUUCUGACCAACAGAGAGCUCCUGCUGGAGGACGGCGGCCCGGCGACCGCGGAUAACGUUUCUCCAAAGAUAUCCAAGCGAUGUCCGUUCCCCAGACAGACGAGUACCUCCAGUGGCGUGGUUCCUUACCUGGGCACCUAUCUGACCGUGCUCACCAUGCUGGACACCGCGCUGCCAGACACUGUGGAGGGGGGGCUCAUCAACUUCGAGAAGAGGAGGAGGGAGUUUGAGGUCCUGUCCCAGAUCCGGGCGCUGCAGGCGUCCUGCUCCCAGUACACGCUGCCCCAGCACCCCCGCAUCGCUGCCUGGCUCCAGGGUCACCGGCAGCUCUCGGACCAGGAGAGCUACGACCUGUCGAGACAGCUGGAGCCUCCGGUGGACUCGUGUUCGCCGACGGCCUGGAGCCACCGCAGACACAAGAAGCUCUCCUCGCUCCUGACAGUGAACGAUGGAUCGAAAAAUGUCCCCGCGGACCAGAUCAGCGUUUCGUCUUCUGGGUCCAGUGGAUCUGAGAUAGAGGAUCCCUCCUCCCCGAACUCGGCCAGUCACAUCCGACUGCAGUCCUUUCACAGCUCCUGCAACAACGUGUCGGAGACGUUGUCUUCUUCCUCCUUGUCCUCGUCUUCCUGCUCCUCGGCCACUUUCCCUCCAGACUCUCCCCCUCCGACCAGUUCUUCCUCCGACCGCCGGGCAGAUCUCUGCUCCCCGUCGGGGUCAGGCGCCGAGCCGGGCGCCCCGUCGAGCGCUCCCUCGGGCCCCCCGUCGGGCCCCCCGUCGGGCGCCGGCGCUCGGCCAAAGCCCCCCCCGGCUUCCCACCACAAGCGCUCGGUGUCCAUGACGUCGCUGCCCGUGUAUAACCGGCAGGUGGGCGACUCCUGCAUCGUCAGGGUGAGCGUGGACCUCGGCCACAGCAACGGAAACAUGUACAAAAGCAUCCUGCUGACCAGCCAGGACAAGACUGCGCAGGUGAUCCAGCGGGCGCUGGAGAAGCAUCACCUGGACCACGUGGACCGGAGAGACUUCAGCCUGACGCAGGUCAUCUCCCCCGAGAGAGAGUUGCUCAUACCGGACAAAGCCAACGUCUUCUACGCCAUGUCCACCACGGCCAACUUUGACUUUGUUUUACGGCCGUUACCGGCGGGCCAGAAGAAACCGCUGAGGGCCACGUCGAGCCUCGGCCGGUUCUCAAAGUAGAACCCGGGUCCCAGCUCGGCUGUAGGAGUUUUUAAAGCCGUUGUUUCAUGAGGGAAGUGUGUUCUCCAGGAUGUUUCUAUGACAACUGACAAGAUGAUGCAAAAGCACUUUAUGAAGGAGAAACUGAUGGAGCUUAAAGCGACAGCGCGUGGUUUCUGGCGCCGCCAUGAGGAAGUCUAAGUAAUGACAAGAAGACUGUCCCACACACACACACACACACACACACACACACACACACACACACACACACACACACACACACACAUACAGACACGCACACACACAUGUACACACACACACAGACACACACACACACACCCACACACACA